GGUAUUAGCUUUAUCAUUCUUCCGUUGGGCGGAGAAGGAGAAAGGAUUCGUGUAUAAUGCAGAGAGUUAUCAUGGUUUGAUCGAAUCAUUAGGGAAAAUUAAGCAGUUUAAGAUGGUUUGGAUAUUGAUUGAUGAGUUGAAGGCAAAGGGGUUAUUGAGUAAAGAGGCAUUUGCACUUGUGUCGCGGAGAUAUGCACGCGGUAGGAAGGUUAAAGAAGCUAUCGAGGCGUUUGAGAGCAUGGAGAAGUAUGGGUUAGUGUGUGAUGAUCAAGAUUAUAAUAGGUUGUUAGAUACAUUGUGUAAGAGUAGCAAUGUGGCGAAAGCGCAAGAGGUUUUUGAUAAGUGGAAAGGGAGGAGGUUUAAGGCGAGUGUUAAGGCGUAUACGAUAUUGCUAGAAGGUGGAGUGUGGAGAAGAAUUUGUUGAGGUUGAAUGAAGUUUAUCGCGAGAUGAUAUGUGAUGGUAUUGAGCUGGAUGUUGUGAGUUAUGGGAUAAUGAUACACGUGUAUUGUA